AUGAGACCAAAUUACUUCAUUCUCAUUGUGUUGAGUUUAACAGUGCUUCUUAAUAAUUGCUUUGUCUAAGGAUAAUAACCACCAUUCCCUCCUCCUAAUAACUAAAAUCCUCCAUAAGACCCUAAUUAAGAUAAUAAUCCGCCAGAUGGAGAAGAUCCUUGCGAUCCAAGGGUUUGUAGACUAUGCGAUGUUACUGAUGAUCUUUGUUUUUUGUGCCAGGAAGGCUACUUUUUAAGGUAAGAUUUUACUUGUGACAAAAGAAUGGAUUACGAAGAUAGGGGAGAUGGCUAUUCAUUAGCGGUUGGCAUUAUUAACAUAAUAUUUUUGGUAGUAGUUUAUUUUGGAUGGAUUAUCAUUUCAAGAAAAAACUAAUUUAGGUAUACUAACCUUAACAAUGAAGUUCCUUAACUGAGUGCAGAAGUGCUGUAGGUUUUGCAAUAAUAAAAUAUUUAGAAUUCUCCAUAACUCAUUAAUGUAGGUGCACCAAGUGAAUUUGAUACUGUUAGCAAAAAAAGUAGUACUAAUUAACCAUAAUAAAUGUUUGAUGAAAAGAAUAAUGUUUAUGGUAAAAAUAAUAAGUCUCCAGUACCUGCAUAUGACAUAGACCAAAACAACAAUGCUUCUCCAGAUCAAACAAAGGGGUAUGCCUUAAAUUAAUUUAAUGUCUAAAAUGAUUUUGUGCCUUAGUUUUAACCUCAGAACAGUCAGCAACAAUCAAAUUAACCAAAACCUUUUGUAACCUCAGACUUGAAUGGCUAUUGGCUCACUUAAGCAGGAAAGUUCUCCUUUAAAGAUUUUAGCAAUUUCCAUAGAAUUAAGCAUGUAAUCAUCAAUUUAAUCAUUUUGCAAAGAAUAUUUUCUUCUAUGUUCUAUUGGGCUGGUAGAAGAGGAGACGAUACAGAUAAGGAUGAUAGAAAAUAGUUACUGUUUGUUGCCUUUUUGGUAUGUAUGAUCAUUUACUGGGCUCUAUCCUUAAUUCCUCCAAUUGUACUCAAAAUCUUUUCAUACUUCUGCUGUUUGAAAUAAGAACCUAAUGGAAAAUGUAGUGGAGUAUUCAUUAAUGUGUUAUUCUUCAUCUCUACAAUUAUUAUGACAGCCCUAUCUACCAAAGUCAUUUUGAGAAUGUCCGGGUUCGAAGCUCAAGUAUGGAUCCUUCUCUGUUUGGCUGCUUGGUUAAUAAUUAUUUUCUUUGAUAAGAAAUCUGUGGAGCUAGCCAAAAACAGAAAGGGUGGAUUUUUAGAAAAACUCAUAAAGUUCAGAAAAAUAGACUUUUCUUCUUGA